AUGGUGUUGUCUGUGAAAAAGACCGUCGGGCUAAUGCUAUGCGCAUCGACAAUUGCAGCCUCAGAGACAACACAAACCUCUGCUCUACGCACGCACCCACGCCGUAAUUUAGCAAAUGGGAUUCACCAUUCGGUAAAAUACGCCCCCAAUGUAGUCGACCAGACAAAGGAAUCAGAUGAUUCCGAUACAUCGUACGACUCUUAUAACGUAACUAGCUCACAAAAGUUCGAUCUGGAACUUCAACAGUCAGAAGAAAUGAUCAUUGAUACUGUGGAUGAAGAUGUGGACUUGGAUAUUGAUGGCCCAAUUGACGCCGAUGUGGAUUUGAAGGAUGAUGAGGUCUUGGACAUUGAAGCUAGCAGUGAUCUGGAAGCGGAGCUCUUUACUUCUGACAGUCUGGACACAGGUACCGAUGUUAGUUUAGAUCCUACUCAUCAGUUGGACUCAGAUAUUGAUUUUACAAAAGGUGAUGUGGAGGUGGAGCUAGAGGAUGACGAGGCUUACGAACAGAAUCUUGAUAUUGAUGACGAUGAGGAACUGGAUGAGGUUAUUGAUAUACCUCAGGGAGCCAAGUCCAUUCACUUGCGGAUGCACAAGGGCAAUGUGGACUUGGAUAUUAUCAAGAACGACAUUAAGAAGGAUGCUCCACACAAAGAGGUGAAGCCUAAGGAGGAGGUGAAGUCCAAGGAGGAGGUGAAGCCGAAGGAGGAGAAGAAGGAGGACAAGGCGCCUGCCACAGAGACCAAGGAGGCGACUGUGUCUUACGCAGCCGAGACCAAGUCAUGGAUCCAGAACAACUCCUUCAAGGCUCCCAUUUUCGGCGGUCUCAUUGGUGCUGCUGUGGGUGUUGUCGGUUUGGCUGUCGUGGCCAUUGCCAAGAACCGGAAGCGCGCCUCCGAGAAAUCCGCAGAGGACACAUCAGCUGACGCCGAUGCUGAGGUCGAAGAGGACGCCGCGUCCGAGGCAGACAGUGACGAGGACAGUGACGAGGACGUCGAGGCCGGCGUAACGGCACUCACAGAGGAAAAUGCUGUGGAGGAGGACGCUGUGGAGGAGAAAAAGGCGAGCGUCGUGGAAGGUUCGGUGUAA